UAGCAGCCACGAAUAAGACAUUAUUCGUGUUCUAGUCCACUUCACUGGAAUAAGAAGAGCGAGAUUCAGAGAAAGAGAUUGGAAAACGGUUUCACGUGCGAUACCAUGAGUUUGACGCGUCAAGAAAUGUUGGUGCUUCUACUAACGUUCACACUAGCAGUUAACGGCAUUUGCGCCUCUGAGGAUUCUGAACGGGAAUUCAUCCUGCUUGAUCCGAACGGUGAAGAAGCGAAGGAUGCCGCACAGUUUGCAGUGGAAGCCCAGGGGGUUACCCUUGUACAGGUCAACAGAGCGGAGAUGAUGUUUGAGAACUUGCAGUACCGAAUCUUCCUUGAUGUUAACGUUUGCGACGAAGCUGGGUCUUGCGUCUUGCGCGACUGUUUCGCACAUGUCAUUCAGCCCACGCAGUAUCCAGAACGGUUCCUCAAAGAUUUUUUAUGCAUAAGGUAGUAACAUGCACAGCUUGAUCUUGAAGACCUUGUAGCAGACAAGGAAUAACAUUACACAUCCAUCAGAAGAUUGUUGUACAACUGAUUUAAUAAAGAGCUGAU